AUGGCUGGUUUGAGUUGCACUACACCAUUUCUACUAUACCCUCCAAUCUUUCUCAUCCUCUUUUUCUCUUCAAUCAAUCAUCACUAUCAGUACGUCUAUAUCACCUUCCCUUCCUUCUCUAUAAUCUCCACCUCAAAUCACACAAACGUCUCGUCCCCAGAUUCCUUCAACGGAAGCAGUGUAAAAGAAAAGAUCAGGUUUGAGAGAAUGGAACAAGGGUUGGCUCGGGCUCGAGCAGCAAUAAGAGAGGCGACUGAAACGCAGAGUUACAAGUCGUAUAAGGAAGAGAGUUUUGUUCCAAGAGGAUCUGUCUACAUAAACCCUUUUGCUUUUCAUCAGAGCCACAUUGAGAUGGAGAAGAGAUUCAAGGUGUGGCCAUACAAGGAAGGAGAGCCACCACUGUUUCACAAUGGACCAUUGAAUAAUAUUUACUCCAUUGAGGGUCAAUUCAUUGAUGAAUUUGAUAGUGGGAAAAGCCCAUUUUUAGCAACUCAUCCUGAUGAAGCCCUAGCAUUCUUUCUCCCCAUUAGCAUCGUCAACAUUGUCAGAUUUGUUUACAGACCUUACACCACUUACUCUCGCGUUCGCCUCCAAAACAUUGUCAAGGACUACAUUGACUUAUUAGCAAGUAGAUACCUUUACUGGAACAGAACUGGUGGUGCUGAUCAUUUCUUGAUUGCUUGUCACGAUUGGGCGCCAGAUGUUUCAGCCGCCCAUCCUAAUCUUUACAAGCACUUCAUGAGAGUUCUUUGUAAUGCUGACACUGCCAUAGAUUUCCAACCAACAAGAGAUGUCUCCCUUCCGGAAAUAUACCUCCCAUUCGGUAGACUAAGUGCACCACGCCUCGGCCAGCCACCUAGCAACCGGUCGAUCCUCGCCUUCUUCGCCGGUGGUGAUCAUGGGGGUGUAAGAAAAAUACUCUUUCAACAUUGGAAGGACAAAGACAAUGAAAUUCAAGUAUAUGGAUACCUCCCUAAAGGCCUAAACUAUACUGAAUUAAUGACACAAGCCAAGUUUUGCUUGUGUCCAGGUGGGUAUGAAGUUGCAAGCCCUAGAGUUGUAGAGGCUAUAUAUGAAGGUUGUGUGCCAGUCAUAAUUUCGGAUUCGUAUGUGCUUCCAUUCAGUGAUGUUCUUGACUGGAGUCAGUUUUCGGUACAUGUUCCGAUCGCGAAAAUCCCAGAACUCAAGAUGAUCUUGAAAGGGAUUUCCAUGGAGGAGUAUUUGGAAAAGCAAAACAAGGUUAUUCAAGUGCAAAGACAUUUUGUGCUCAAUAGGCCAGCGAGACCCUUUGAUGUAAUGCAUAUGGUGAUGCAUUCUGUGUGGCUUAGGAGGCUUAAUCUAAGGUUGUCACUAUGA